AUGGAGCAAGAAGGUGAGGAUGAGGAGCGGCUCGUGUUCCAUUCCCUCCAGCAGCAACAACAUGAAGAGCGAGAAAUGGUAGAACCAGUACCGGCACUGGUUCAAAACGAAGAGGAGGAGGAGUUGGCGGAGCGGCGUCAGGUAUCACAGGAAGCGCUCCUCAAUGACGAACUGAUACCAAGAGCGCCCUCAAUGGUCCGGCGACGCAGGAAAGUGAUAGGAACGCGCGAAAUAGUACUGCGUUCCCGGACCAUACAUGUCCCAAUUGUGGAAGAAGAAGGAGGACGUGAUGCAGUACCAGCGGGUCCGGAAGCCUUUCAUACGCCGGUGGUGGAAGGUUUACCGCUGCAGUACCGACAGCUGUUGGUCACGCCAGAAACCGACCCAUAUACGGUGGCUCGAAAUGCUGACGGGUCGGCCACAAUUGAGUGCAGUAUGUGCACGAAGAGAUUUGGGACCUUAAAGGGAUGGCGAAUCCAUGCCAGUAAAGUGCACCGACAAAAUGGCAAGUUUCACGUUUUUGUCAAAAAAUGCGGCCAUUUCAUUAACAUGCCGCAUGUGAACUCCGAUGAGGAA